UCAGAUUUUAAAGUUGUCGCGUAAAUAUAAAAAUAUUGAAAAUAUACUUUAAAUUCUGAACUGUUAAAUCUUCAUCGGACGUAACAGGGGAACACGAAGUGCCUCAUCAGCGUCGUUGCAUUUUGGAAAUAAUAAAUAAAUAUUCAUUGAAGGCGAUUGCAGAAACCCCAUGGCAGAAGAAGGGAAACCCGACGCUCAGCUCUUUCAGCUCCUCUCCAAUCUCCUUCUCGAGGUAGAAUCACUUACAAAUCAAGAAGAAGUUGAGCUGCGUUCUAAAAUUGAAACUCUUGGAUUAGAGGUCACAAAAGUUCCUUCAAAGUCGACGAAACAGCUUGACGAGUUGGAAAUAGCUAAGGAGUUGGAUAGAUUAUCAGCAAAAUUGGACGAUGUUGAUGAGAUGAUAUCAUCCACCAUGGCUGCUGAUCCUCAGGUGCGGUCUCUGUUAAGCUGUACAGCUGAUGUGUGGAUGCCAGUCAUCACUGCAACCACUGAGGAAAGACGUAGUUUUACGGCGUCUCCCGGAGACAACAACACCCAAACAAAUGCAGAAAACUCUAAAUAAAUUCAUAUUUUCUUGUCAUUGAAUAUAUAUGGAUAUCAUGUUAGUGCUUUGUAUUAUUUUGAUAAAUUAAUAUGCAUAAAGAAAUUGUUUCACUAUGAUACUCCAUACUUAAAUACAAACAAAAAAUUACAUGUUUCUGUCAAAAUGUGGUAUGGAUAUAUGUAACUUCUUUUUGCUUAUAUUUAAGUUAUGAUGGAAUAUUGUUCUUUUUA